GUGACGAAAGACCAGAGAGAGGGAGAAGAGACAGAACAAUAGCACAACCAAAAGAAAGAAAGGAACAAAAUAAAUAUAAUCACUAAGCAAAGUCAGAAAUAAAGAGACCACGCAAAGAAUUCAACAGGACAUAAACCUGAUCUCAGCUGAAAGGUUCCAUCACAGGUCCUCUGAUCUGUCAGGAAGAAAGAAAGAAAGAAAGAAAGAAAGAAAGAAAGAAAGAAAGAAAGAAAGAAAGAAAGAAAGAAAGAAAGAAAGAAAGAAAGAAAGAAAGAAAGAAAGAAAGAAAGAAAGAAAGAGAACAACUCCUGAAGGACCAAGAGAGUGAUCCAGUCUGAGACCCAGGUGACCAGGUGAUCCAUCCACCCGUCCUCCAGAAUGUGGCUACAGGUAGCCUUGUGUCUGUCCUGCCUGGUUCUGGGCUCCAAGAGCCAGGACAGAGCCUCCCUGAGACGCUCCAACGACCACACCGGGCGCUGUCAGUACUCCUUCACCGUGGACAACCCUGCCGAGGCCAGCUGCUCCGGGGCCAGUGGAGGACCAGAGAUGGAGGGGGUGAAAUCUCGUCUCACCCUGCUGGAGGCCCUGGUCAGCAGGCUGCUGGGGGGCGAGGGAGCCGGGGGACAGGGGCCAGGGGCUGGGGGUGACAAGACCAUCCAGGAAGCGUAUUCCCAGGCCAUGGGAGAUAAGAGCCAACUGCAGGAGGACAAGGAGCAGCUGAACAGGCAGGUGCAGGGGCUCCAGAGGAUGGUGGACGAACUGAGUGUGGAGGCUGAGACACUGCGACAGAGACCCUGCCACCAGCCCCAGGCCGCUGGAGCAGGACUCCCACUUCAUGAGCUCAACCAGAGACCAGCCAGCGACGCUCUCUAUCAGGAGAUGAAGGCUGAGGUGACCGAAGUCCCAGCAUCACGUCUCAUUCAAGACGCUGGGCAGAACCACACAGGCUGUGGUGAGCUUGUGUCUGUGGGAGAGCCCGUCCUGCACCGAAAGGCCGACAGCAUCACAGGGAAGUACGGGGUGUGGCUGCAGGACCCUGAGCCCAUGGCCCCUCCAUACGGAAACAAGACGGUGUGGCGCAUCGACACAGUGGGCAAGGAUGUCCGCCAGCUGUUCGCCUACGAGGACAUGGAGCAGUUUGCCAAGGGCUUCCCCAUGAAGGUUAUUGUGCUGCCAGAGCCCGUGGAGAGCACAGGGGCCACCCUGUACCGCGGCUCCCUCUACUACCAGCGCCGACGCAGCCGCACCCUGCUCCGCUACGACCUAGCUUACGAGAGCCUGGCGGCACGCCUGGACCUCCCCCACGCUGGCUUCCACGGCCAGCACCCCUACUCCUGGGGCGGCUACACAGACAUCGACCUGGCGGUGGACGAGCAGGGUCUGUGGGCCGUCUACAGCACCAGCAAGGCCAAGGGAGCCAUCGUGGUGUCCCAGCUGGACCCUGAGAGCCUGGAGGUAAAGAGGAGCUGGGAGACCAACAUCAGGAAGAACACAGUGGCUAACUCCUUCAUGAUCUGCGGUCGGCUCUAUACGGUGGCCAGCUACACCGCCCCAGACACCACCGUCAACCACGUGUUCGACACGGCCACCGGCCAGAGCCGAGCCAUGGCGGUGCCUUUCAAGAACCGCUACCGCUACAAUAGCAUGGUGGACUACAACCACGCCCAGAGGAAGCUCUAUGCCUGGGACAACUUCCACAUGAUCACCUACGACGUCAGGUUGGGGAGACUCAGCAGAAGCAGCCAAUAAGAGAAGGCUGGGCAGAGAUGAUGGACUGGUGUGGCGUGAACUCAUACGCUGUUACUAGAAUAUUAUCAACCAACAACAUUACUAACAGCUUUAUAAUAAGAUCGUAGCAGGCCUCUGUCUGUGUGUGCUACUCUGUCUACUAGAAUACAUUUUUUCUACUAAUGUAAAUAAGAUGAAUCUUACAAUAACAAAAAUGGCAGGAGAUUCACUAAGGUGGAACUCCAUGUAAACAAUCUGAGAUAUUGCUCUUCCUGUAUUAUAUAUGAUAUCUUUUACUUAUUUUAAUUUAAAAAUGAAUUGUAUUGUGUCCAUGUUGAGUCUAUAUUCAAGUUGUAUCUUCACUAUUGUGUAUUAUAUGUGCUCCAAUUACCAUUUGUAUGGCAUUUUAUCUCUCAAUAAAGAUUCAAAUGAUAGAGAUCCCUAAAAAGUUGAUCAGUCUGCAUUUGUUCAAUAAAUUACAGUUGAACAAUUUGCACAGAGCAUUGUUGAAAAUGCCACCCAAGGCCUUGACAUGCACAGUAAACUACAGAAUAAGCCACAGUGCACAAAGAGAAAAGCAUUUCAGAAAACAGAGAGACGAUGCAGGUUUGUUUUUAACUGGUCAUGUGGUGCUAUCUGCUGGCCAGUAGUUGACAUGUCUAGUAUCAGAUCAAGGAGUUGUAAUACAUUAGCUAAGUAGCCUGGAAUCUGCACUGAGCCAUAUUCAGUGUGGAUUCUAGGCUAACAUCUAUGUGCCUAUAGAAUAGUCCGUAGGUCUAUAGCUUAGGUGCUGAUUACUUCAUCAACCUAGCCUAGAAUCCAUGUGUUUCAUCAACAUAGUACCACUUCAUCAACAUUGCAACCGGAGCUAUCGGACAGAGCUAGCAAGUCUCUAAUUCUGACCUCCAUAAUGGCUUAAAUCAAGUGUUAUGUAAACCCCUAGGGAAAUUUGUGUUGGGGUGGGGGGUUUCUAUGGAAUGUUGGCAUGGGUGGGCAUUCAACAACACUUGGGAGGGUAGGUAUCACUAGGGUGUUACCACCGUGUGUGUGUGUGUGUGUGUGUGUGUGUGUAGCAACACUGUAAGGGGACAUGGUGAUGUGUUCUAAUAAUGACAGUCAGGAGAUGACACUCAGCAACAGCUAAUGGAAACUUUGCUUGGGGUGGGUAUGGUACCCUUCCACCCACACACACAGACAGAGACAUACACGACAAUAGGGCAAUACCACCGCACCCUACUGUUUAUGGAAACUGAGCUGCCGUGCUCUGCAGACAAUGGGUCGCUUAGCCAGGAACCAUGCUUGCUUUUUAUAUCUCUCAUU